AUGGUGCACUUGAAGACCAAGGAGGAAUGCCGUUUGGGCAAUGAGACGAUCCGGGUCUACACUGUAGAGCUGCCUAGUAAGCAUGCAGAGGGGAUUUUGAAAGUUAUCAAGGAGAACAUCGAAGGCCAGGAUGUUAUUGACCUGCAACAUCUUCGCCGCUUCGCCAAGCCAAAGUAUCUCCCGCCACACUGGUCGCUACCCGUCCGGAAGCGCACCGAAGGACGUCCACCAACUUUGUACCUGCUCGUCUGCCCGGCAAACCUCAUCUCACUCAAAGAUGUGCACGACCUGCUGUUGCAGCAUCCGCCGUUCUGUUCAUCUGCUGACUCUUGGGCUUAUCCGCUUGAGAUCAAGGAGAUCACAGUGCCGAUGCUAGCACCAACAAGCCCAGAACAAGCGGCCGAGUGGUCGGAGCUAUACUGGCCCACAUUCUACCGCAAAACCAAUCCUUUCGGCGCUCACCCGAGCAGCAUCAGUAAGGCUGAGAGUGAGCUGCAGGAGCCAGCAACCGACAAUAUCGCUCUCCCGGACAUGAUGAAGCUCGCAGAGGAGGCAGGCACAGCGACCGAGAAGCUGGGUUACGGCAUUCGUACGGGCUGCGUCAUUGUCGAACGUGUUGAUGACAAGACUGAGAUUAUCGCCGUCGCCGGUGACGCGCGUCUCAAGCCGCUUCCUAGCGAGACUCGUGAGGACGCUUCUUGCACAUCAGGUAAUGUAAUGAGCCACGCCGUCAUGCGCGCUGUGGGUAUGAUUGGCCGCAAACGCUUGCGUGUUGCCUCCUCGACCCAAGCCCGCGAUGCUUUCUUCCUCGACCUGCCUCUUACGCCUCUCGAGCAGCAAUACUUCGAGCGCGACAAUCUUAAGCCAGAUGGCUAUCUCUGCCUGAAGCUUGAAAUCUUCCUCACCCACGAACCCUGCAUGAUGUGCUCCAUGGCGCUCGUGCACAGCCGUGUCGGGCGCGUCAUCUUCGAACACCGCAUGUCCCGGACCGGUGGCUUGACGGCCGAGAUGGUUAGAAACGAUACCGGUCCCGUCGGCCUCGGAUACGGCCUCUGCUGGCGUAAGGAGCUCAAUUGGCAGUUCAUGUGCUGGGAGUACACGGCAGCCGAAUAUGCCCUGCGUGAGAAGGAAAAGGAGAAGGCUCGGGUGCUGAACGGUAACGAUACUGAAGGCCCCGACGAAGACCAUCCCGAACAGAAUACUACCACCGCCACAACCAUCUGCACAUCUAAUGCCAUUACUGGCUCUCAUGAUGAUGUCAAUGCUAAUUUGGGCAUGCCUAGCUUUACGAGCAUCCACGUCUAG